ACGUUUGCGGGAGUUUUUUGUGCGCAUCUUUCUGCGCAAUCGAAGCUCUUCAAUCGAAGGAGUCUGGUAAAAUGGGAAGGAAUGUUGGUAAAAUCAGGUGGCAAAUGCUGGCCGGGCCAAAGGACAAUUAUAAUUUAUGAAAGGCAUAUCAUUUUCUUUGUUUUUAUAAAAAAAGAAUAAGAUAAUAAAAUUUUAAUUUAUCUGAAAAUUUCAGUUCAAUUAUAUAGGUAUUUUGUAAGAAAUUUGAAAAAAAAUAAAAUGUGCCCGGUUGUAAAAAGGUGCCUCAUUUUACCAGGACACACAAAGAUGGCGCCGUAGAGAUCUGACAUCGUCUGUCAAGCGGUCGAAACAUGUUGAAAAUGACUGAUCGCGAUCGAGUUGGGGGGAGAUUUGUGAAAAAGGGUACAAUGAAUAGAAGAUUAAACAUGAUGAAGAUACGUGAGGCUACUGUGACUCAAAAUGUUGCACAAACAGAAGGGCACACAUGUGAAUCGAAUGAUGAAUCAUGGAGAAAAGGGAGGCGAAUCGUUGAGUUGGAUCAUAUGGCGAAACAAAUGAACUGUUGGGAUUGUGGGCACACACUGACUUUAAAUAACAUCGUAAAUGAAAGGCGUCAAGGGUUUGCUUCAAACCUGACUAUUACCUGUGAGUGCGGUGUUCUGAAUGAAGUAACAACUGGCAAGUCACACAGAGUUAAUAAACGCGGACCUGCUGUGUUUGACAUAAACACAAAGGCAGCUUUAGGUAUGCUUCAUAGUGGAUCCGGGCACACACAGGUCACCAACUUUAUGUCUUCCAUAGAGAUAGAGGGUAUGCACCAUAGAACUAUGAAAGCCCGUGAGUGUGAAGUGGAGCCACAUAUCCAAUCUGUUGCCCAGCAGUCAUGCAGUGAGGCCUUAUUGGAGGAAAUACAGGGCAAUGUAUCAGCAAGAAGUGUAAAUGAAUCCAAUGACGGUCAGCAGGCUCGCAGCUCUGGGGAGUUUAAGUACGACAUGGGAUGGCAGAAGCGUGGAUCAGGAAGGGCCUAUAACAGUAAAUCUGGAGUGGGAACAUUAAUCGGCAACAAGUCCGGGAAAAUAUGUGGCUUUGGUGUUCGAUCAAAGGAUUGUCGCAAAUGUUCCUUUCAUACAAAUAUGGGGAAAACUCCUCCAGAACAUAAGUGCUGUAAAAAUUGGGAGGGCUCGUCAAAAGCAAUGGAGAGUAACGUUGCAGUUGAAUUAGUGAACAAAAUUGAAAAAGAAAAUGUUGAAGUAUCAGUGUUAGUUAUGGAUGACGACUGCACAACAAUGGCACGAAUCAAUGAAGAAAUUCCACAUCCGGUGAUCAAAUGGAGUGACAUUAGUCACACUAAAAAGCAUCUUGGUAACAGUUUAUACCAACUACAAAAGAAACACAAGAAUUUCAACAACAAUUGUGUCAAGUAUUUUCAAAAAUGCUUCUCUUACGCUAUUGUACAAAAUAAAAAUGAUACAGAAGCAUUAAAGAAAAACCUAAAGCAAAUAGUGCCACAUGCUUUUGGAGAGCAUGACCAGUGUGACUCAAAAUGGUGUACUUAUAAAACUAAUCCUGAAGAGUUCCGCCACAAGUCCCUUCCAUCUGGAAAAGAUCUACAGGGUGAUGAAUUAAAAAAUGACCUGAACAUUAUAUUUGAAACAUUUAUCAAUAAUGCUCACAAGAUUUCCCCUGCUGCAUCUACUAGAGAUGUUGAAUCAUUCAAUAAUUCAAUUGCUGCAAAAGCCCCCAAAAGACUGCACUAUUCUUCAUCAUCUAGUUUGCAAAAUAGAGUUAGUUGUGCAGUAGCAGAGAAAAACAUGGGCUCAACAUACGUCAACAAAGUUAACGAACUGGUGGGUGUUUCGCCUGGACGAGUUUUUCAAAAACUUGCAGAAAAAAAAGACAAAACGCGCAAACGCAGACUCGCGUAUGAAAAUACAAGAGAAUUCAAAAAAAGAAAACUUGAAAGAAAAUUAAAAAACAGUACCAUGAAUUCCGCUUCUCAAAUUCGGGAAGGAGUAACUUAUCAGUCAUCUGUUGAUUUGACACAAUCUGACGGCGAGUUUGUCAAAGAAAUACCUGCUCCAAGCAUUGUACCAACUGUCACUCCAUGUAUAUUACCAAAGAAAUAUACCUUUGUGUAUUGUGACAUCGAAACAACAUCUCUUAAUAAAACGUGUGAUAUCAUUCAGAUUGCGGCUGUUUCAGAAAAUGGCAAGUUUUCGAAAUACAUCUUACCUAGUCAACGAAUUUCAACAGCAGCUUCUCAAGUCACUGGACUGACUGUUCAUGGAAAUGUUUUGCAUUUGAAUG